CGGGCCGCGCUCGCCGCCGCCACUGCCGUCGGGGAAGGUCCCGGCGCGGACAUGGCCUCGCUCGGCGCCCGCCCGAGCUGCGGCCCGCGCCCGGCGCAGUAGCCACGGAGAGGAGGCGGGCGGGCGGCCGGCGGACGGCAUGGAGGAGGCGCACCUGCUCGCGGCCGCCGACGUGCUGCGCCGCUUCUCCGUGAGCGCCGAGCGCGGCCUGAGCCCCGCGCAGGUGGCCGACGCGCGGGAGCGCCACGGCCCCAACGAGCUCCCCACAGAGGAAGGGAAGUCCUUGUGGGAGCUGGUGGUGGAGCAGUUCCAGGAUCUCCUGGUGCGCAUCCUGCUUCUGGCCGCCCUGGUCUCCUUUGUCCUGGCCUGGUUUGAGGAGGGCGAGGAGACCACGACAGCCUUUGUGGAGCCUCUGGUCAUCAUGCUGAUCCUCGUGGCCAAUGCGGUCGUGGGCGUCUGGCAGGAGCGCAAUGCUGAGAGCGCCAUUGAAGCCCUGAAGGAGUACGAGCCUGAGAUGGGCAAAGUGAUUCGCUCAGACCGCAAGGGCGUGCAGCGAGUCCGUGCGAGGGACAUUGUCCCGGGAGACAUUGUGGAAGUGGCAGUGGGAGACAAAGUGCCUGCUGACCUCCGUCUCAUUGAGAUCAAGUCUACCGCGCUGCGAGUGGACCAAUCCAUCCUGACAGGUGAAUCUAUAUCUGUGACCAAGCACACCGAUGCCAUCCCAGACCCCAGAGCUGUGAACCAGGAUAAGAAGAACAUGCUGUUUUCUGGCACCAAUAUCUCAUCGGGCAAGGCUGUGGGUGUGGCCGUGGCCACGGGCCUGCACACGGAGCUGGGCAAGAUCCAGAGCCAGAUGGCGGCUGUGGAGCCCGAGCGGACGCCGCUGCAGCGCAAGCUGGAUGAGUUUGGGCGGCAGUUGUCCCAUGCCAUCUCUGUGGUCUGUGUGGCAGUGUGGCUCAUCAACAUUGGCCACUUUGCGGAUCCAGCCCACGGUGGCUCCUGGCUCCGUGGCGCUGUCUACUACUUCAAGAUUGCUGUGGCCCUGGCUGUGGCUGCCAUCCCCGAGGGCCUCCCGGCGGUCAUUACCACAUGCUUGGCGCUGGGCACACGGCGGAUGGCACACAAGAACGCCAUUGUACGGAGCCUGCCCUCCGUGGAGACCCUAGGCUGCACCUCGGUCAUCUGCUCUGACAAGACAGGCACGCUCACCACCAACCAGAUGUCUGUCUGCAGGAUGUUCGUGGUGGCAGAAGUGGGUCCAGGCUCCUGCCGUCUGCAUGAAUUCACUAUCUCGGGGACCACGUACACUCCAGAGGGUGAAGUGCGGCAGGGCGGGCAGCUUGUACACUGCGGGCAGUUCGAUGGGCUGGUGGAGCUGGCGACCAUCUGCACCCUGUGCAAUGACUCGGCUCUGGACUACAACGAGGCCAAGGGUGCAUAUGAGAAGGUGGGAGAGGCCACGGAGACAGCUCUGACUUGCCUGGUGGAGAAGAUGAAUGUGUUCGACACUGACCUGAAGGCCCUGUCAAGGGUGGAGCGAGCUGGCGCCUGCAAUGCAGUCAUCAGGCAGCUCAUGAGGAAGGACUUCACCCUCGAGUUCUCACGGGACCGCAAGUCCAUGUCUGUCUACUGCACGCCCACCCACCCUGGCCCCAAGGGCCAGGGCAGCAAGAUGUUUGUGAAGGGGGCUCCCGAGAGUGUGAUGGAGCGCUGCCGCUCAGUUCGAGUGGGGAGCCGCACGGUGCCCCUGGAUGCCACCUCCAGGGAGCUGAUCCUGGCAAAGAUUCGGGACUGGGGUUCAGGCUCAGACACACUGCGCUGCCUGGCACUGGCGACCCGGGAUAGCCCCCCCAGGAAGGAGGACAUGCAGCUGGACGACAGCAGCAAGUUUGUGCAGUACGAGACAGACCUGACCUUCGUGGGCUGUGUGGGUAUGCUGGACCCACCCCGGCCAGAGGUGGCUGCUUGCAUUUCACGCUGCCGCCGGGCCGGCAUUCGAGUGGUCAUGAUCACAGGGGACAAUAAAGGCACAGCGGUGGCCAUCUGCCGCCGACUCGGCAUCUUCGGGGACACAGAGGACGUGGUGGGCAAGGCCUACACAGGCCGCGAAUUCGAUGACCUCAGCCCUGAGCAGCAGCGCCAUGCCUGCCGCACGGCGUGCUGCUUCGCCCGUGUGGAGCCCACUCACAAGUCCCGCAUUGUGGAGAACCUGCAGUCUUUCAAUGAGGUCACUGCUAUGACUGGGGAUGGGGUGAAUGACGCCCCGGCCCUGAAGAAAGCAGAGAUUGGCAUUGCCAUGGGCUCAGGCACAGCCGUGGCCAAGUCAGCUGCAGAGAUGGUGCUGUCGGACGACAACUUUGCCUCCAUUGUGGCCGCAGUGGAAGAGGGCCGCGCCAUCUACAGCAACAUGAAGCAGUUCAUACGCUACCUCAUCUCCUCCAAUGUGGGAGAGGUUGUCUGCAUCUUCCUCACGGCAAUCUUGGGCCUGCCUGAAGCCCUGAUCCCCGUGCAGCUGCUCUGGGUGAACCUGGUGACCGACGGCCUUCCCGCCACAGCCCUGGGCUUCAACCCACCGGAUAUGGACAUCAUGGAGAAGCUUCCCAGGAACCCCCGGGAGGCCCUCAUCAGCGGUUGGCUCUUCUUCCGGUAUUUAGCCAUCGGAGUGUACGUGGGCCUGGCGACUGUGGCGGCUGCCACCUGGUGGUUCCUGUACGACGCUGAGGGACCUCGUCUCACCUUCCACCAGCUGAGAAACUUCCUGAAGUGCUCCGAGGACAACCCGCUCUUUACUGGCAUCGACUGUGAGGUCUUUGAGUCCCGCUUCCCUACAACCAUGGCUUUGUCUGUGUUGGUGACCAUUGAAAUGUGCAACGCCCUCAACAGUGUCUCUGAGAACCAGUCUCUCCUUCGGAUGCCACCUUGGCUGAACCCCUGGCUCCUGGCAGCUGUGGCUGUGUCCAUGGCUCUGCACUUCCUCAUCCUGCUUGUGCCACCCCUGCCUCUUAUCUUCCAGGUGACCCCACUGAGUGGACGGCAGUGGGGGGUGGUGCUGCAGAUAUCUCUGCCUGUCAUCCUGCUGGACGAGGCCCUCAAAUACCUGUCCCGGAACCACAUGGCUGAAAAAAAGGACCAGAAGUGAGUGGAGGGAGUGGAGAAGAAGCUCUUUGUGGGCCUCAGACGGAUGGUGCCCAGGCCUUUGUCCCUUCUCCCUAGCCCUGCCUCCCUCCCCAUCUGACCACCUCACCCUGCCGGACAUACAGGACUGAGACUGGAGCGGCCACUGCACGCCUAGCCCAGCAUCCCUGUCCUCACCUCCCUCCCCCCCUGAGGGAGGCCUGGAAGGUUCCCUCGCUGAGGCUCCAGGCCAGAGGUUCUUCUGAAGAGUCACAGGAGGCCCUCACAUCAGAGUUGCCCAGCCCCCAGCCCAAGCAUUUCCUAGCUCAGCUGGGCUUUUGCUUGACAACCCGUGGCUGGGCUUGACAUGGUUUUUAAGAGCCCGGACUUUUGGAAGCUCUGACCUCUGGUCUGGAGUCUGUUUGGCCCUAGAGCAGGGGGAGGGGCCAGAGGGAGCCAUCUGGGCCCAGCUGUGUAGAUGAAGCCAGCAGUUCCCCCGCCCCCCCCCCAACUUGGCCCUGCCCCACCUAGGACUCAGGAGAGUUGGAGCCUGUUCUGUUUAUAUAUACAGGCCCCAGGGACUUGAGGGGUCAGAGGGAAGAGCACAGGCAUGGAGGAGGGGCUGGGUGCUGACUACCCUGGGGUGGGGGACCUGGGCCCAUCUGACUUCCUGCUCCAUCUCCAGCCCUCAGCUCAUUUCCCAAGUUCAAGUUUCACUGCCCCAAACACACAGCUCUGAGGCUGUCUGUCCAGCAGAGCCAAACAUGGCCUUGGUACCAGAGACCCUAGACACGUUUGUGUGUCUAAUCCAGACAGUGUGUGGCAUUGUCUGCCUGGUUGGGAGAUUCUGUGGCCUUGACCUUGGGACUCACUCUGCCCAUCCCCUCCACACACUCCAGGGCCAGAAGGAUGUCACUUUCUCCCCUCCCCUCCCCCUCCCUUCCUCCUUCCCUCCCACUGGGGGGGACUCCUCCUCAGGUACGGGGAAGGAUAUCAAGUAGGAGGAAGAUAGCACUUAAGGGACAAGUUUGUUUUUUCUCUCUUAACUGCUUUGGCAAAAACUAGGCAUAGCAGAACCUUGCAAAUACCUGUGUGUCUUUGCCCUUCUUAAGCGUGUACAAAGUGAUUAUUUUAUAUGUAAAUCAAGACUUACAUCCCUUUCCACUCCUCAGAUCAUAGCCUGCCUUGCAGACCAACAAGCCCUGCCCCCUAGGCUUCCUCCCCGCAGCAGAGCUCUGGAAGGCCCAAGAGAGAAGCAGAGUUGGGGCGUCGUGGCAGGGACCAGGCCUUGUACCCACUGCUGACAUGCUGUCUGGUAGAGAAAUAAAGAUUGUGUGUCUGGG